UCUCUUUCGUCAUCAUUCUCCGCCAUAUUGACGGAGGCGCAGUAGAGGAGGCUUUGUCCCGGAUGCAUGUAAACAUCCACGUCAAACGCGUCCUGUGUUUCUGUUUCCCGAGACAGCCGCUGUCGGCUAAUGCGUCAUUAAAAAGACUGCUGCAUACGUUGGCGUUACCCGGGGCCCUCUUUCAGUAAUGAACUCCCUAACGCAGAGAAACUCGGGCCUUGUUCAGAGGCGAACCGAGGCCUCUCGCAGCGCCGCGGCCGACAGAGAGAGAGAGUCCGACGGCGACGACUACGAGUCCCGUCGCGGGGAAGAGGAGGAGGACGACGGCGGAGACGCCAAGGAAACGCGCCUCACGCUGAUGGAAGAAGUGCUGCUACUCGGACUGAAGGACCGGGAGGGUUAUACCUCCUUCUGGAAUGACUGCAUCUCCUCAGGACUGAGGGGGUGUAUGCUCAUCGAGCUGGGACUCCGAGGACGCCUGCAGCUCGAACCAUGUGGCAUGAGGAGGAAAAGCCUGCUCACCAGAAAGGUGAUCUGUAAGUCAGACGCCCCUACUGGAGACAUGCUGUUAGAUGAGGCACUGAAACAUGUGAAGGAGACGCAGCCCCCUGAGACAGUGCAGAGCUGGAUCGAGCUACUGAGUGGCGAGACCUGGAACCCUCUGAAGCUGCACUACCAGCUGCGAAACGUACGCGAGCGUCUGGCCAAGAACCUGGUGGAGAAGGGCGUGCUCACCACGGAGAAGCAGAACUUCCUGCUGUUCGACAUGACGACGCACCCCCUCACCAACAGCACGGUAAAGCAGCGGCUGGUGAAGAAGGUCCAGGAGGCGGUGCUGGACAGAUGGGUGAACGAGCCGCAGCGGAUGGACAAGCGUCUCCUGGCGCUGCUCCUGCUGGCACACUCGUCAGACGUGCUGGAGAAUGCCUUCGCCCCACUGCUGGACGAGCAGUACGACCUGGCCAUGAAGCGCGUCCGCGUCCUGCUUGACCUCGACCCUGAGGGCGAGGCGGCCAAGUCUGGCGCCAACGAGCUGCUCUGGGCCGUCGUGGCCGCCUUCACCAAAUGAACCUGGUGGAAAGAGACACAAGACACAUGGGGAGAGAGACAGAUGGGGAGAGAGAGAGAGAAAGAAAGCAAGAAAGAAAGAGAGAGAGACUAGACCUGAAGCUCACUGAGCUGCACCCAGAACUUUGGCCUUGGAGCUUGGUUUACUGAACCUUAGAAUGGUGGCGGUUAUACAUACCAGUGAUGAAGGAGAUGAUGAUGGUGGUGGUGAUGAUGAUGAUGAUGAUGAUGAUGAUUAUAAGUGAUUCUCAUGUUGAGUGAUGACAUGCCCUCUGCCUUCCACAGAUGUGUUGCCCUGGCUGUUAGCUGACACAUGAUUGCUGUCUGCUUUAAGGAUUCACACAGUUAAAGCAUUUGUAUCACUAAUAGGGUUCAGGUGUGCUCUAAACGAUGAAACCCUCAGAGCUUCUUUACCGCCCUGGCCAUGACUCUGAUCUCAUCUAGAAGCUUCUAUAAUCCUAAUCUUGGUCUUCUUGACAUAGACCUGUGUUGGUAUGAGGAAAACAGAUUCAGAUUUUACCCAAGCAGACGGCAACUUCUUCACCCUGUGGUUACCAGAUGAAGACGUUCUUUUGCACAUUUAAGAAGAAGAAAAGUCCAGUGAGGUUAUCUAUCUGGUCGAGGCAUUCAGAGAAUUGAUGUGAGUGGCAAUGAAAAUAUUGCAAUACAGUUUGUUUCUCUUCUUUAUAUUUUACCAUGCCACUUUUGUGAUGUCCCCUUAAAAGUGGUGUUAGUGUUUAGUGUUUUGGCUAGAUAAGACAUCACUGCACCACAGUCGAAGAAGUUUAUUUGUCUCCUGUUCCUCAUGUGGCACUUAGGAAGACUACUGACACCCAGCAGGACUGGUGACCCCUCACAACCCCCCGUCCAGGGUUCAGUAUCUCUGCUGUUAGUAUCUUAUUCAAGAUUAGCACUUUCCCUUAGAAACCGAACGUGUGGCCAAAAGCUCUUCUUGGUGUUUGAGCUGUUUGUAGAUCUCACAACUCCGCUUUCUUCGAGAUGAGUAGCGCCCCUUAAUUUUACACCAAGCAAAAUUAUAUUUGGCUCUUGCGCAUUUCUUAAAGCAGGUAGACUGAAUACAUUUAUUUAUUUAUUGUUCUGGUCCCGCAGGGGACUGGGGUCAUGAUCCAGCCUGCGUCGUUCACAAGCUCUGCUGAAGGCAGAAGACAAGGUCAUUUUUCGGCUAGCUGGAGUAUUUGCACUUCCCAUGACUUGUUUUUCUUGGUAGUACCACAUCGCCUCUGUGGGACAAAUGCUACUUUGGACCACUUCAGGAGUCGGUUGUAGUUUGAGUUCAUGAUAAUAUUUAACAUCUAAUUUUUGGUGGCCAUAAAGACACACUAAUAGUUUCCUCAAGAACAUCUGUGAUUGCUUGUACUUUUUACUGUCUGUCCUGAAACAUCUGUAUCCUUUAUUUUAUGUUGCUAAAUUGUCUUUCAUUGUUUUGAGUUUUAUUGUGUCCACACAAUAUACCAUUUCAGGGUUUUUUUGUUUUUUUUAAUGCUAUCAUUUUUUGUUUCAGAAAUUCAUAAGUCAUUCUUGUUUUAUUCUCCAUCUGUUUUUGUUUUGUUUUUUCCUCUUAUUUGAGCUCUUCUUUGGUCAUUCCGCUUUCUUUUUGUUGGUAUUGUUGUGUACGAGGACCGGUCCCUGGAGAGAGGAGCAACGUUCUCUCUGCUUUGGACAAGUUGGGGUUUCACUUAUUGACCUACUGUUAGUUAACCAUAAUUAAUGAUGUAUAAAUAUAGACAUUGAGAAAACAGCUCAGAUUUGUACACCUGCUUUUUACAGUGUAAUAAACGAUGAUCCUUCAAGUGCCUGAACUGGAUGCAAGGUAAA